CAUUGCCUAUAACUCAGCUCCACCCCUUGCUGUUUUACUCGGUUUCAUAAUACUGCCAUCUCUCUGUGUGGAGCUUACCCAAGCAGUCACUGUAGGAGUAGCUGUCGUUGUGAGGAGUCUGCUUAAUACAAAGGAGAGAGAGAAUCGUCCUGUCUCUACCAGCCAUUCCUGUCAGUUGCCGCCUGUUUUCCGACCGGGAGAGAAGAGACAAGUCAUUCAUUACAGCUCCACUGGCGUCUGUGGCCUACGUCAACUACCGGCCAGAGCCAACAUGCAGGAAGAGUCUAAACACAGAAGAAUGACCAUGGAUUUUUCACAACUGCACACAUACACACCGCCACAGUGUGCUCCAGAGAACACCGGCUAUACCUACUCUCUCAGCUCCAGCUACUCCACAGCAGCAUUAGAGUUUGAGAAGGAGCACCAGAUUGCUCCUGUGUACGAGUCGCCCAGGAUGUCACGGCGGAGCCUGCGUCUGCAGACCAGUGCCGGUCACUAUGGCAACGAGAGCCUGGCUGAUUACUCCCAGAACCACAGCAGCAGCUACACCAGCACCAGGAGAGAGACACGGACGCUGCGGAGCAAAAAGCAGCAGGCCGGCUCCAGCUCCAGCUCCCUGUCUUUAUCCCUGAGCCAAGCUGCCACACCGAGGAAAGCCCUCUCCUUCUCAGCUGUUAGUACGCCAACUAACAAUAGCAGCAGCUUUCAGGAAAGCAAUGCAGCGUCUGAUGCCUCCCUACACAGCUCCAUCUUGGACCAGUCCCACCUGAGACAACGUACCAUCACCACAACCACCACCACCACCUCUAUGUCUGUGGAUGGACACUGGGGAAGGGGCUCCAGCACUGACCAUUGUUCUUCAAAUGUCAACGGCGACACCAGUGUGUCAAAGUCCCACACCUCACUUGCCAAUGGUUACAUCUGCAAAGACUGCUCUUUACACUCUCAGGAGAUGGACUCAUUCAUUACACGGUCUUCAUCAUCAUCUCAGGCUGCAGAAGCAUCCACCGAUGCCCUCUCCACCUCAGCAUCACCUUUCACAAGUAUAUACUCCAGAGACAGGAGUCGGAGGAGCAAGACAGGUGUCCUGGUGUCUAUGUCUAACACAUGUAUGCGAUACAGCAAACGAGCCCUGGCCCCCAUAGUGUCCUUAGUCACCCUGCUCUUCAACAAUGUGCUCUGGCUGGGUUCAAGGGCAAAGAGCCCUCCAGGAAAAGGUGUUCUUGCUUCGUUUUCGGACUCGAUGAGACAAGCAGUGUCUUCCAGUUUGUCCCAACUGUGGCUGUUUAAGCAGACCACUCUCCAUAGGAUGAUGGGCCACAGGGCUAAUGGCUAUGAAGGACAAGCUCACUCAAGUUUCUGUGGAAGCAUGAAUGUGAAGGAUCUGGUGACUGAAGAUGCAUCACAUCUUAAUCUGAAUGGUUCCUCUUGUGAUGACUGUAAAGGGAAGCAGUAUUCUGAGACACACACCAUCACCCUCACAAAGUCCUCCAGGCGUCAACGCCUAGUGGGGGCACUGUGGAGCGUCCUAGCAUACGCAGGUUACUGCCUCCUCCAGCCAGGCUACUGUGUGGUGAGAGCAGGGAAGGCUUUAGGGUCAGGGGUCGGGACAGUGGCACAGAAGCUGCUCUCAUUGUUCUGGAUUCUCCUGGCAGCUCCAGUGAAGGCAAGCAGGGGACUUCUGUGGUUUCUUGCAACUGGAUGGUACCAGCUGGUGUCUCUCAUGUGUCUCCUCAACGUCUUCUUUCUGACAAGAUGCCUUCCCAAACUCUGGAAGCUCCUACUGCUCCUUUUGCCUCUGUUGCUCUUGCUUGCUCUAUGGUUGUGGGGUCCGUCCACUGCUGCCCUGCUUGCCUACCUCCCAGCCAUAAACCUAACUGAGUGGCGUCCUGCGUCUCCCUUUACCCUCUUGUCCAACUUGGUGCCAGCUUCUGCUCCAGUUCCUGCCUCAGUCCCCACACCAGAGACUCUACUGGUGCAGACCCCAGCCACUCCAGUCUCACAGGCACCGCCGAUCCUUCCACCGGCGGCAGUCUCGACUGUGGACUUGGAGCGUCUUGAACGUGUGGAGCGCCAGCUAGCCCUGCUGUGGGAGCGAGUCCAGCAGGGUGACCAGAAGCAGGAGCAGCGUCACGGGGAUGUUCUGGGUCUCUACAGCACCCUGAGAGAGCAGCUACACACUGAGACCAACAGGGAGAGCCUGGGACUGUGGGUUUCCUCCCUGCUGGAGCAGAGGCUCGGCGUGCUGCAAGCAGAGCUGGAGCAGGAGAACACACAUAUAGCACAGAAUGCAGAGCAGCAGAAACAACAGCAAGAGAGUCAGGCAGCGCGGUUGGCUGACUUAGAACUGCUGCUCAAUGCUCUGGCUGCCAAGACUGAGGAGGUGCAGCAGAAGCAGCAGCAGUAUGAGCACGAAAAGGUGGAAAAAGAGAAAGAGGUUGUCAUUUCAGCAGCAGACACAGCUCCUGUCAGUGUGGGUGUGAAGCAGGAGGACCACGAUGCUCUGCUAGCAGAGGUGCAGAGACUAGAAGUGGAGCUGGGUAACAUCAGACAGGACUUGCAGGGUGUUGCAGGGUGCAAGGGCAAGUGUGAGCAGCUGGAUGCACUGCAGGAGACAAUAUCAGCCCAGGUGUCCUCUCAGGUGCGGAAGGAGUUGCAGCUUCUGUUCUUUGGCAGUGGUGGGUCAGGAGAGGAGCAGGGAGAGGUGCCUGAGUCUCUGAUCCACUGGCUGUCCCAGCGCUAUGUGAGCACACCAGACCUGCAGGUUUCACUGGCCGCACUGGAGCUGAGCAUCCUGAGAAAUGUGUCCCUGCAGCUGGAGCUUAACCGAGCCCAGACCCUGGGUGAGGCCGAGUCUCAGGCCAAGUCCAUCAUUUCAACAGUAACUGGGACUGUCCAGCACACUGCGUCUGCUGAGGGACUGACAGAAGAGCAAGUGAAGCUGAUCGUCCAGAACGCUUUGAAGCUCUACUCCCAGGAUCGAACAGGCCUGGUGGACUACGCCCUGGAGUCUGGCGGUGGCAGCAUCCUCAGUACCCGCUGCUCUGAGACCUAUGAGACCAAGACGGCCCUCAUGAGUUUGUUUGGCCUGCCGCUCUGGUACUUCUCCCAGUCUCCACGCGUUGUCAUCCAGCCUGAUGUGUACCCAGGUAACUGCUGGGCAUUUAAAGGUUCUCAGGGCUAUCUGGUGAUCCGACUGUCCCUGAGGAUCCUGCCCACAUCCUUCUGCGUGGAGCACAUCCCCAAGGCCUUGUCCCCAACUGGAAAUAUCACCAGCGCCCCUCGCAACUUCACUGUUUUUGGUCUAGAUGAUGAGUACCAAGAAGAAGGGAAGCUGCUGGGACACUACACAUACCAGGAAGAUGGAGAGUCACUGCAGAGUUUCCCUGUUUUGGAGCAGAAUGACAAGGCCUUCCAGAUCAUAGAGGUGCGGGUGCUGUCUAACUGGGGUCACCCAGAGUACACAUGCCUGUACCGCUUCAGAGUCCACGGAGAACCUCGGCCUCAGUGAACCAACCAAUACCAUACACAUUCAUAUACGACAUAUCACCCUAUCUGUAUAUAGCUCUCGCCAACUUUGUAAAAAAAAACCAAACAAAAAAAAAAAAACAGAGGGGACUCGGAUCAUAAUUUGUGGACGUUUUUGUAUGAAAGCCAUGAAGACACGGAAGUCGUGGAUUGUUAAAGGAAUGUGCCCAGACUGAAUCAUGAACAUGUUUUUUAACAUUGAAAGAAUCGCAGAAAAGUCUGUAUGCGGACUGUCGAUGUCACGGAGGAGGAGCAGAACCACGGAAGAAGCUAGAAGUCCCAGUCCCCUUUUUUGUAAAAGGCCUGUUGCACUGAAUUAGCCUGUAAGGGCUCCAGGCUCCACUGAGUGGACAAAUCCAUCCCCUUCUUGGCAGCUUCCACUUCUACAGGAAGGUGGAUGCUUGAAAUGGGGGAUUACAGACUCAUCUCCACCAUUUCCUCACACACUGUAUCUCAGUCUGAUUUUUGGUUCUUGUCGUUCAUCAUCUGUAUUUAACUUAAUUUUCCUGGUAGAGUGUACAGUACUAUUUUCAGGAUCAACGCCACUGCACCUUUGUCUGUGACGAUGUCCAGGCUUGUUACUCCCUUUGUUGCUGUCAGGUCUCUGCAGUGACUUGAACUGAGCUGUGUGGUCGGCCUGCUGGACUGGAGCACACUCACAGUGGGUUUAUACUGGACAUGUAAAGUUCACAACAUUCAAGGCUUGGCAUCAUGCAUCCACAUAGCCAUAACUAAGAUUUGUUUCUUUGUUUUUUUUUUUGGAAACUGAACAUGCUGCCUAUGGACAAGCUCUGAAUGUUCUCUCAAGUGGAGGCUCAAUGCAAGUCAUCCUUUAACUACACAGCAACACUAUAUAACCACUGACCUGCGCUCUUCAUUAUGUACAUUCAACAAAAAUAUGUGUAUGGUUAUGGAUGGAUUCCAGGAUUAAUACUAGCAUGCGACUCUUCCAGAACCAUACUCUCUGACAUGCAUCAUGAAUUUACAAGAGAGUGUGUCCUCUCUGAAAGUUUGAGUCCUGAGCCUGGAUCUCAAAUUGCAAAUCAAUGUUGAACGCUAAAUAAUACAACUUCUGUAGACAAGAGUGUGAAUUUUCUUUUCCAUUUCUAUGAAGAGGAGACUCUCAGUGUCCCUCAGCUAACGUCCUCAUGUGGGCUCCCUCUAUUCUGAAACCCUGAAGGAAUGUAAUCUGUAUAUUUUAUUGUUGAUAGUUGGUCCUUUAUAAUAUCUGCUUUUAUCAGUGUUGCUUUAUAAAAAAAAAUCAUCCUGUCAUUAUCAUUAUUGUUGUAUUACUACUAUUAUUUCUACUGUUACUCAUUGUGUUGUUUUGUUUUUUUUGUUUUUUUGUUUUUUUUGGGGGGGGGGGGUUGUUGAUAAUGUCAGCGGAUGCACUGCAGCAGCUUGUUAGAGAAAUGUUUGGCACAGAUCUUCACAAUUUGUUUAAAGAUGGGGGGUGUAGUCACCAAUUUUGGUUGCAAAUAUGGGGAAAUCUAAAAUGUUAUGUAUAAAAAAUGUUUUCUUCACAAUCUUAUUUAUUAACAAGUCAGUUAGUUCCUACAAGAUAUGAGUUACUGCAAUGUAUAUUUUGUGAAAAGCUGUUCAGUGCAUUUUGGAACCAUCUUGGGACUUUUUUUUUAAGAUAAAUGGCUAUUUUUGUUCAGUCAUGAGAUGACUUAACUGCUUUGGAAUAUAUUCCAAUAAAGACUUUAAUUUUGAAGAA